AUGUUAGAGAUGUGUCUUCAGUCUACGGUGACGACUCGUGCUAGACGUGUCCUAGAAAGGAUGAAGCUCCUUAUUCUUUGUGUAAUGGUCCACGGCUUGCUGGCGGAGGGUCCGGGACAAGUCCUGUGGAAGGAACAGGUCGUCGCGCCGGAGUUUCUGCUGGACGAUCGCGAGGACAUCGCGAGUAACCGGAAUGCUUUCUUUUACGAGGACAAGCGCAGCUUCCGUCCCGAGGGGCUCGGCGAGCAGGUUAAACGGAUCGCCGGUGCCGAGGAUGUCGGUCUACAACCGCGCCUUGUAACGAGAUCCCUGCAAUGCACCUGCGAGACGGAGUACGAAUAUAGAAACCUAGGCGAGGGACACUAUCCGAGGUAUCUGACCACGUCGCAUUGCAAGCCGAAAGCCUGCCAGAACAAGUUCAAUUCCUGUCGACUGCUUUACUACAAGGUUCACAUACUGAGUCAACGUGAUUUGAACGGAUUAAGCGAUGAUCGUUACUCAGAUGAUAGUGAGACGGAAACGCCGCUUCCGGAAGCUCUCCGUCACAAGUGGCAACUGAAGCCAAUGAAGAUCCCAGUCGCGUGUGUGCCGGCGACAGGAUAGAAGAGAUUCAUGUACAUGGCCAUCUCGGAUGUGCCAGCUCGAUCGAGGAGAUAGGAUCUAGCAAUCUUCGUCGACUGCGUUCUUUUUCCUUUUUUUUUUUUUUUU